GGAUUCUCCCAUGCAUUAGUCCUUUGUUUAACCUGUAUUUGUCAAGUUGAAUGAGGAUGGCGGAAACACCGAACCCGGCCACUACCUCCUUUCCAGCACCGACUAUUUCCCUACCCCUUGGAAUGGAAAUAUUCAGGACAUAUUCAGGGGCCCUGAUUUGUUUGGAAAUUGUGUUUGGAGGGUUGGUGUGGAUAUUAGUAGCGUCAACGAAUGUGUCCGUGCCAUUGUUGCAAGGAUGGGUGAUGUUUGUCUCAGUAACCAUGUUCAUCUGUUCAUCUCUAUACCUUGCCCUGUUUCUGCUGGGCCUGGCUGACAAGAUUAACACUGAUUGGAAUUUCAUGGACAUGUUCUACCAUUUCAUCGCUUUGCUGUUUUAUUUUGGUGCAUUUUUGCUGGAAGCUACAGUUUCAUCUGCGGGUGCAUAUGCAAACAGCACCUGCAUACGCAGGCCCCGUGGCAAUAUAAUAACAUUUCUGGACUACAAAGAAUAUACCAUUAAUGUUGCUGCUGCGAUAUUUUCAUUCAUAGUGACUUUGUGUUAUGGCUGUAGCAUGUUCAUGGGCUUCAGGAGAUGGAGAAAAUAACACACAAAAAUGAAGCAUAUGUAACCAAUUCAUAACACAAUAUCAAAUGUAAACUGUGAAAUAAACUGAAUUAAAUAAGGAGAUUAUGGUUUACCACAAUGUCUCUGGGGACUUUAGUCACAUUCAAAUA